UCUCCCCCCGCCAGCGAGGCCCGAGGCGGCCGCCCGGAGGGUGGUGGCGGCGGCGCCUUUGUUCCGCGCGGCCGCCUGAGGGGCGGCGCGGGGCGGCGCGGGCCGGGAGCCCCGCGGGAGGGGCCGCGGCCAUGGCAGCGCAGCGCAGGGCGCGGGACGCCCCGCGGGCAGCCCCGCCGCCUCCCGCCGCGGCCGGCUGGGAGGGGCGGCUGCGCCCGCCGCCGGGGGCCGGCGCGGCGAGCGGCGCUGCUCCCCGCAGAGGGCGCUGCGCGGGGCCGCGGGGCCUGGCAGCCCCGGCGGCGGGAGCCGAGUGAAGCGGGUGCCCGCAGCGGCGGGGGGCCGGCGCGGCGCGGCGUUGCGCUCCGCUCCGCGGGCCCCCGCGCAGCCCCCGGGCGGCGCCGGCCGCGGCCCGCCGCUCACCGCGGCCCGGCUGCCGCCGCCGCAGGGUCGCCGCGGCGCCCUCCCGCUCCCAAACUUUGCAAAGUCUGGCGGCUCCGCGGCUGGGGCGGCGGCGGCUACGGCAGCAGCGGGCGGGGGGGGCGGCGGCGGAGGAGGCGGGGGCGGCGGGGGCGGGGUGCGGGCCGGCGGCGGCGGCAGCAGCAUCAAAGAGCCCCGAUUCCUGCCGCCCUGGGAGCCAUGCGCCGCGGUCUGUAAUGUCAGCGGAACAGGAGAAGGACCCCAUCGCGCUGAAGAGGUCCCGAGUGCUGUUGUACCGCUCUGGUGAGCCCUGGAGUACGCGUUUCUUUGAAAUGCAUGAGGAAAAGGGUGGUGACAGUGGAUUGGAUGGGUUAGGAGGACCAGGAGUACAGCUUGGAAGCCCUGAUAAGAAAAAGCGCAAAGCAAAUACACAGGGAUCAUCGUUUCCUCCUCCAUCUGAAUAUGCUCCACCGCCGAAUCCAAGCUCUGACCACCUUGUAGCUGCAAAUCCAUUCGAUGACAACUAUAAUACUGUGUCUUAUAAACCACUUCCUUCAGGAAAUCCAUAUUUUAGUAAUCCUGGUUAUCCUGGCUUUGGAGGCUAUAACACUUUCAGAAUGCCACCUCACAUGCUCCCCAGAGUGUCCUCGCCAUAUGGUGGUUCUUAUUCUCUCAGAAACCAGCCACACCCUCUUCCUCAAAACCCCGUUGGAAUGGGUUUUAGUCGACCCCACUCUUUCAGCUUCGGUCCACAUGAUAACCCAGGUUUUGGGAAUCAACCACCUUACAGUGGUGGUCAGAUAAAUCAAAAUGUCAGUAUUCCUGGUCAACAUUUCAGACCAAAUCCUGCUGAGAACUUUGGUCAUUCUAGUCAGAUACCUCACCCUGAUGUGCCAUCUAACUUUGGUCCUGGAAAUAAUCCAAAUUUCCCAAAUUCUCAGCUAGAUUCAAACCAUUCUUUUGUUCCUCCGCCAAACACUUACAACCAGACAAAAUCGUCAGCACAAAAGCAAGACUUUAGUCAAGGUACAAGCAAAGCAUCCAGUCAGAACACUGCUACUCAUCAGCAUCAUCACAGGACAGAGGACAUUGUGAGUCAAGGUAACAGUGACCUAAAAAAUGUUACUCGAAACAAUGUGGUAAAUCAGGAUAACAGCCAUUCUAAUAGUGCUGAUAAUGCUAAUGCUGGUCAUUCAAAUGGGACUCAGAGCAAGUCCCGCCAGCCUCGAGGUACCACUGAAGGAUGCAACUCUGAAAAGAGCAGCAAAACACCCCUUCAUCCCAGUCGUCAUGGUCACUCAUCCUCUGAACCAGUCUAUCCGUGUGGAAUUUGUACACAUGAAGUUAACGAUGACCAGGAUGCCAUCUUGUGUGAAGCCUCUUGUCAAAAAUGGUUUCAUCGAAUCUGCACAGGCAUGACUGAGUCAGCUUAUGGCCUUCUUACAGCAGAAGCAUCAGCAGUAUGGGGUUGUGAUACGUGUAUGGCUGACAAGGAUGUCCAGUUAAUGCGCACAAGAGAAACUGCAGGACCACCUGCAUUGAAUACGGAUGGCUAACAACAUGAAUUGGUGGUAGUGGCUGAAAUACUUGUUACAAAGGUUUGGUUACAAAUGGGGUAUUUCACUUUCUGCAGACAAUCAGUUUUGAUUGCUAGUAUCUUUUCUUUCCUUAAUCUGUUUUCACUCAAACUUACAUCUCAGUUUUGGUACUCUUAGUUUUAGGUGUGCAAACAUUCUACUGUUUAAUCAGAAACAAGAAACGCUUGAUCUUGUAAAACAUAACUGGCAUCUGAUGAGAAGGAGAACGUGCAUUCAGAAUUUUACUGAAGGCAGAAACGUGCCUGUGUGAAUGACCUCUAUUCACUAGUGCUAGUGUGUUAACUAAAACUAGCAUUUAGUGCUCGGUUUUGAUGGUACUAUACUUGCAGGUGCUCAUUACUUUAUUAUUGGUGAAUGUCCAUUACUGAUAUUCUUGCUAACCUUUCUUUGAAGGUAGUGGAGAUGACAUGGAGGAAUGUGCUGUACUAACAGUUUUUAUUUUAGGGAUAAAUACAAAGGACUUCAUAUGUCAAAUAACUGAAUCUUCUUUUUUAAAUAAUGCAUUAACACUAUUUUUAAAUUUAACUUCAUGCCUAGCAACACAGUGAAGCCCACUAACUCUCACACCUUUAUAUUUCCUUGAAAAGGCAGUGAACUCUUUGACUUCUCAGCAAAUAUUUAAUUUUUGAGGACUCCUGCAAGGUCUUGCACUACUUAGAAAUAGUUACAAAAUCUGUUGGCAUUUAAAAAGUCAGAAAAGAUCAAGCUUAAAAGGCCAGUGCUUUAAAUCUAGAGAAUACCAAAACUAGGGUUGCAUAUGUAACCUUAAUUCAUUUAUCUUAAGCAUGUACAUCAGGAUACAGUCUCUGCUUCUUUCAUCAUUGUCCAAUCACACGCCUCUGCUCCUUUCUCAUUGAUAGUUCUAGUCUCCAGCCUUGGUGCUGCCCAAGAACUGUGAAUGAACUAAUGUAGAGAAAGUCCUGCUCAUCUCCUAGGGCUUUGAACUAGAGCCUGCUCAGUCAUCCUGAGCUUACACAGUCCACCUGGCAUGAAGAAGGGUGUGAAGGAAUGGAGUGUGCUCAGCACAGACUGAACUGCAAAAUAAUUUAGCCAGCAAAGUCUUAAAACUGAAAUCCCUCCACUGCCGCAGCCAGUCUUUCAGUUUUGGGGGAAAAACAAGAAAAAUUUAGGGUGAAGAAAAAUAGAACUUGCAUUAUGAGAUGCGAGUUUACCACAUAUCAAGAGUGAAUAAUCGGAAGUUUAGCCUCUUUGCUAAACUUGAAAUCCUAGUAAAAAGCAUGAAUGGCAUUAGAGCUUCAUGUGUGAUUGUAAGAAUUCUCUUUUAAUAUGGGUAAUUUGAUCUUAUUCUUGAUCUCAAAUAACUGUUUUGGGUUUUUUUGUUUUCGUUUUGUUUAAUAUGGGUGACUAUCUAGCCUUGAACAUUUUAGCCUAAGCAGCUAGUUUGGUAAAGUUGUAUAUGCAAUUGAAAAUGAGCUUUUCUGUAGAAAGAAGGGUUUUUUUGGUGUUAUUUGUUUGUUUUUACUUAAUAAAAGGUGGUAGGUACUCUGUUAUCAGACUCUGCUCAUAAUACUCACCACUGAUGGGAAGUUUUAAUUGCCAGUCAUUCAAAAACUAAAUGAUAUGGCAAGCAUCAGAGGUACUAGUCACAUUCCUUAAUGUGACAGAAUGUGUUCAGAUCUGUGGUGAUGAGUAAUAUAAGAGCCUAUAUAGAAUACAAAUGUGCAUAUUUAUAGGUAGUUUUUAUGGUAAGGUAUGCUAAUGAGUGAAAAAUAAGAGCUGCUUGCCAGUUCACCAUUGUGUUUGAAUUAAAUGGGCUCUACUGUAGUAAUAAACUUUCCUGGGAGAUGCAUUUCUUUUUCUGCGGAUAUACAUAACCCUUUUAUUUUAAUACUGAAAAAUUUUAUAUACCAUCUUUUACCAGAGAAACAUUAAGUGCAGUAUCCUUCUCGUUUGUGUCUUACCUCUCAUUAGGAAAGAGGAAAUAAUGUCCGAAGUGUGAAUGAGACAAUUCGUAUCUUGAGGAUUUCCUGUAUGGAGACGUAAAGAAAGUGUAAUGCAAAGUCAGGACUUCUGUUUUCAGCGCUAUUUGCUUAGUACAGAGAUUAAACUUAGUUUUGUUUUGUUAGGGGUGUUAUAUUAAAAAACAAACAAGAAACAAACUCUGAAGAAAUAUCUUCAGUAGUUCUCCUAGUAACUGACUGACUUCAGUUAGAAUUUCCUUUUGGUAUCUAAAGUAGAAGCUAAACCAAACCUUGUUUAGAUAAGUUUGUUCCUGUGGGAAAUAAAAUUAUUUCUGUUGCAACAAUUUGCACUGUGAAGCUUAUGGAGCUGGUUCCGAAUUACAGUAAUGUAAAUCAAAUCAGAAUUUUGUUUCAGUGUUUGGAAAUUCAGUCAGCAAAAGAUCUUGUGGUGAUAUUAUUAUCCAAGCAUGUUAUUCACAAUACCCUCCACCCCUGCCCCUGAUUCCUAACACGAGAAGAUGUUUCAAGGCAUUUGUUCUUGGAAGUCCAAUUAAUGUUUUAAGAUUUUGGAGCAGACACUAUAUUUAAAAUAGCUAUGUCUUUCUUGAAAUCUUUUCAAUCAAUCCUAUGUCAAGUUAGGCAAGUGCUUUCUAUAUUAGUUAGUAAGACAUUAGAAUACAAAUACAGUGUUCUUAUGAACUUAAACAAACGUACUGGAAUAUAAUUUUAUAAGGCCUAAAUUGUGUAUUUGUGAAAGCUAUUCUAAAAAAUUAUUUCAGUUUUUCUAAACUGGUACCAUGUUGGGUUUGUAACCCAGUGAAUUUUCUGCAUAUAUUAACUUACAAAUUCAAGGCAUUAGUAAAUGCCAAUUUUAAAAUAUCAAAUAAAACAAAACAAAACCUCUUACAGCAUUGAUCAUAGAAAUAGGACUGAAUAGGAUCUCAAAAAAUCAUUAGCCAGUAUGCUUGCCCUACUGAUAUGCUCUUGGUAUACCUGGGUUCUUUACCUAGAGAGAGAAUUACACUUUGUUUUUUCUCUGGAUGUAUUGACUAGUAGUAGUUCAAGUAUGCACAGGAAAAACAGCAAUCAUGUCUUAUUAGUAAGGUAAUAGAAAAAUGUCAGCUGGGUAGAAUUAGAAAUUAGUUAUAGAAGGGUUGGAGGGAGGGAGGGAGGGCUGGUUAGAAUAGGUGAGUUUUUUGUAAUACUCUACAUGAAACAAUUUGUAUUGAACUAUCAUGUGAUUCUUUUGUUAUUAGUGAUUUAGACUGCACUGGUGCUGCACACCAAAAUAUUGCAAAGAUUUUGUAAGUCUUACCAACCUGAAGAUUUUUGUGGGGAAUGCCUGUGUCCUUUUUAAACAGCUCUCUGUCAUGCUUGGAAGUGUAGCCUAUACUGCCCAAACUCCCCCCCACCUCCUUUUCUCCCAAGGCUGAAAUAAACAGCCAUAAACUGGAUUGAACAGCCUUUAAUACUGGCAAACUUGCUUUUUGCCAGAGACCAGCUUUAAAUGAGAAAAUAUGUAAUUUACCCUUUUAAAAUACUCAUUUUGUUAUUAGUGUCAGAGUAAGUGGCAGUGCUGCUUAUAAGCUAGAAACUGGGUAUCAAAAAUCCUGUUUCUCGCUCUUUUACUGAUCUCUUGUGCAGCUUGAGGCAAACAGGUUAACUGUUUGUGCCUCAGUCUGUUCUUUCCUAAGAUUGGACUAACGCUUACUUCCCAAGGCUAUUUAGAGGCUUAGCUUUAUUUGAGGUCUUCAGAUGAAAGAUACUAAAGAAGUAAAGGGUAAUAUGAUGUUUGCUCUAUUUAAAACAAAAAUACAAUUUCGUUACUAUGUUUUGGGCUGCUCAUACAGGAACAUACUUUGUCACCUCUGAUUUUUUUUGACUAAGCACUAAUUCUGUAAGCACACUUUCAGGCUUAACUUCAGGCAUGUGAGAAUUCAUAAUGAAGUCACUAGAACUGCAUGCACAAAGCCAAGACCAUUUCAAAGUGUCUGCAGUUCUGGGCCCAUGGCUUUUUUUAGAUAUUCUUAGGUAAAAUGCUCUUUGUGGUUUGAGAUUUUUGCAAGAUCAGUGGUGUUCAAAUGUAGCACCUCUUUAACAUUUUUCUUUCUUCAAACUUAAUACAGAUAAUACACAUCUGCAUAAAAUAUAUCCUUUUCAUUUUAUAUAUAAACAUUGCCUGCCAGUAAAAGUAUUGGUGUAACAUUUUUUUAAAAAGGAAGUCAUGCUUCUUAUGUUGUAUGUGACUUAAAUGACUGUUUCAUAUUAAAACUAAUCUUUCCUUAUGUACUGCUUAAAUAUACCUGUUUUGGGAUAUCAGUUCAGUACUUUUUAUACAAUCUUGAAUGUGUUCCACAUUGGUGACAUGUAUUUUUGCAACAGCUUUUUCUUUUAAUUUUAAAUUAGAGCAUGUCUAAAGUAAUACAUGCAUUAGUGCUGUGGUGUGUGGCAAAGUUAACGUAUGUAAUUCAAAUUGGAAAAAAGUUUCCAGACUUUGUCCAACAUUAACCCUGUGGCCAGGGAUUAAAUUACUAUGUAAUACAAAUUAUUUCAUAUCAUGAUGUGUUUUAAGCUACUCUAUGAAGUAUAUGAAACAUUAUUGUUUAUGGAUUGGUAGCUGGCCUGGUAUCUUGCAUAGAAUGAGGUAUGAUAGAUGGUAGCAGUUCAUGAUAAUUAAAACUGAAUACCUUUCAGAACAUGCAGCAUUUAUGUGCAUCGUCAUCUUGUUGCCAUAACAUUAGUAUGAAUUCUUUAAUAUUAUCUGCUGACAAAUGAGUGAACAUUCGGUAGUAUGCUUAUGGUUGUGAAAAUCCUGUUCUAAUGCUCCAUAUUUGUUUUAAAAAACAUGUAACUUUUUAGCUAUUGGAUGUGAUUAGAUAUAAGCAGGAGGAUGUAGAACUGGAUGUAUUUUAAAAUUAUUCUGCAAUUGCUAAGUUUUGGCUGAAGCUUUCUAUAUUAGAAUAGACUCUUCCUUAAAUUUGGAAAAUUAAGUGUACUUAGCAGAAAAGGCAAUAUAACUAUGCUACACAUUCACUUCUCUGUAUGGAACUCCUAUAAUUUCUUGUUGGCUUAUGCUUUUCAUGGAAAUAAAGGGUCCCUUAGUGCCCUAGUGUUGCGCGUUAAUCAGUUUUGAGUUAACUAAUUGUGAAUGGUGUUCAGCCCUUUUGAGGUGCUGCCUGUAGCUUAAAGAGUAUUCACUGUGGCCCUUAGUUUAUUGGUUCAGAAACAGCUUACAACAAGAUCAUAGGGAAUACCUUUUUUUCUGUUGUUUAACAUUCAUAAUGGUUUUCCUUUUUGUGUUUAAACAAACUGUCUCUCUCAAAAAUAAUUUCUGAUGCAGCCUCAUCUUUUCCCUCAGAGGUUGUGCACUGUACUUCAGAAAUUGCUGUAUUGGAGACAGUUUGGUGACUGGAGUCACAAGAGAUGUUGUGUCUGUUCCUAGACACUAAUCUCACCGGCUGUUACCUGGAUGUUUAACAAAGAAUGGGCUCAAUAUGAACUUUCAUAAUUUAGGGAGGGUGAGCUUCUUUAUAUAUUUGUUUUUUAGUAUCUUUGCCUUUCAUGAUAGUUUUCUUUCUUUCUUUCUUUUUUUUCCUGAAAUGUGAAAUAAUAUGUAGUUGUUGAGGGAUUUUUACUUUAUAGCCAGUCUCUCCACCAAGCUUUUGUAUAUGGCCUUUAGAACAGACACUGUUCUUUAGGGCCUUCUGACUUGGUAUCUUUGUUAGCAUUCUCCUUUCAGUGUUAAAGAAUAGUUGAAAAAGGCAAGUUACCAAUCUACUGCCAUCCAAACAGUACAAAAUAUGAUUAAGAUUGACAUUUAAAUUUUUUUUGUUAAUAAUGUGAUAUUUGACCCUUUAGAAGAAGAUAUAUCAGGAUCUAAAUCAACCAUUCUUAGAAAAUGUAUAUGGCAGAUUUUGUCCAGCACUAUAUGUAACUUUGUUGCUUUCUGUUUUCUGGUUUCAGUUUCUCUUAAAAUAAAGCUAACUUUUGUGGGGAAA